AUGUCAAUCCUACAUCAUCCCCAUCCCCUCGACCAGAGUGGUGGAGGUGUAUUUUGCCAAAAGCUUGCUUGCUCUAUCUACUCUGCUCUCUACUCACAUUCGAGCAUGAGUGUGGGUGUUGGUGUUGAGGAUAAGAAAAGAAAAAACAGCCACAACAAUAAUAGAGGAGGAGGAGAUAGGAUGCAUUGUUCAAAUCAUACUAGUUUUAUUGAUGAUAGUUUUAUACAAUCAAGAAUAUCGUGUAUUGAAAGAACUACUGAUUGGACUGCAGAACACUAUCUAACAUGGAGAACUGCAUUGCUGGAAAAGAAAGCAAUUGCUAAUAAACUAAAGGUUAGAGAUCAUGGUGAUAGAAGAGAUGAUUAUCUUCAACGUAGAUUUCAAAUACUUGAUUCAAAAUAUCAAAAACAACAAGAACAAAAUCAUAAUGUACAAAGAAAACAAAAUGUUGAAGAAACAUCAUCGACGUCAUCAACCAAUAACACAACAACUAUAAGAAUAACAUCGGAUUCAAAUACAUCACCAACAACUACUACAACUACUACAACAACUACAACAACAUCAUCACCAUCAAUACCAACUCAUGUUAUAAACAAAAUAGUAAAGUUGGAAGACUUUUCAUUCUCUGGUAUGCAUCAUAUAUUUGAUUCACACAAAAAGGCGAUAUCUCGUAUUAGAUAUGCCAAUAAUAGUAGAGAUUUAUUGGCAUUUUCAUCAGAUGAUGGUACUCUAUCAUUGUGCAAUACAACAUCGAAACCACCUUGUGUCAUCAAGGCGUUAAAGGGACACAGUGGACCAAUCAUCGAUUUUGUUUGGACCAAUGACAAUGAAAAGAUUAUGACUGUCGGAGUGGAUGGAACCAUGAGACAAUGGAGUGCACGUACAGGACAAGAAGAGAAAAUCAUCAAAGACGCAGGCGUGUGUUUUACCUUGUGCACUCAUCCAACUCGUUCAUCAAUCAUUGUUGUCUCUGAAAACAAGAGCGCAAUCAAAAUCUAUGAUAUCUCACUUGGGAAAUGGUUAUCAAAAGUUAAAUCUCUAUCACCUGUUUUAUCAAUGAAAUUUGAAUCAAAAGGUGAUUAUUUAUUCCUUGGUGAUGAUAAAGGAUUUAUAUUUACAUUUAAAAUUGAUAAUAAGCAAUCAGCAUUUUCAUUGGUAUCAAAGACACAGGUUUCAAGUAAACCUAUUAUUUCUGUUGAUGUACAUUAUUGGCAAAUUGGACAGAAACCUGGGUUGUCACUUUUGGUCAAUAGCAAAGACAGUGUCAUGAGAGUGUUUAGUGUUAAAAGUUUACAAACUGGUAGUUUUGUCAUCUCAAAAGAGUACAACAUCCAGGCCAAGAAAAAUGGUUCAAUACACAGUUGCUUUUGUCCCAUCUCCAACAAGAGAGAAGGUGUCUUUUGUGUGAGUGGUGGAGACGACGGUACCAUUCACAUCUACGAUCCACUACGAAAGGAAUCUCAAUCGAUUAAUCAGUUGAUGGGUCAUGGUUCACCAGUCACCUACGUCACUUGGAAUAGUGACGAAUCUCAUUUAGCCUCUGCAGAUAGUAGUGGUCUUGUAAUUAUUUGGAAUAGGGCAACAUUUAAAUAA